UUAUCUUAAACUUAGUAUUAAUGCGACCGUACACACCAACCAGCAGUCAGUAGGAUAUAGCACUGUGUAGUAGGGAAUUAAAUAUGUCAGGUAAACUACAUAUUGGUAUAAACGAUGUUUUGAAGGCAAAGAGCAGGAUUCGGCAGUUUGUGCAUGCAACACCUGUGUUCACAUCAAGCACAUUCGAUCAACGAUAUGGAAGACGAUUUUAUUUCAAAGCGGAAAAUCUGCAGAAGACGGGGUCGUUUAAAGCUAGAGGGGCGUUAAAUGCAGUGACAGCGUUGCUCGAAUCAAAUAGGUCUAUACCAGGGGUGGUAACACACAGCAGCGGCAACCAUGGGCAAGCCCUGGCAUGGGCCGCACAAAUACGUGGGUUGAAAUGUGCGGUGGUAGCCCCGAACACCAGCCCUACAGUAAAGUUAGACGCGAUACGCGGUUAUGGCGCAGAUGUUGUCAUAUGUGAACCGACGCCGAUUUCAAGACAAGAGACCUGCGACAGAGUUGCAAAUGAUAAAGGAUACCACUUCGUUCCGCCGUAUGAUGAUCUCGACGUUAUUGCUGGACAGGGAACCAUCGCUGUGGAAUUCUUAGAGCAAAUUCCACAACUCGACGCCAUUCUUGUUCCGACAAGUGGCGGCGGCAUGGUGGCUGGUAUAGCUGUUGCCGCGAAAUCAAUCAAGCCCGAUAUUAGAGUUUUCAUAGUGGAACCCAAUGGCAAAGACGUAGAGAGAAGCCUUGUCGCAGGCGAGCGACUAUGGCCAAAUCCUCCUCGGGUUUUGGAUACAAUUGCAGACGGCAUUCGUUUGCAGCAACUAGGUCACGUGACUUGGCCUAUCAUUCAGGAGGUCGUCGACAAACAAGUGUUCACUGUAAAUAAUGAGCAAAUAAUCGACGGUAUGAAAUUUGCGUUUGAAAGAAUGAAGUUGGUCGUUGAAGCAGCGUCCGGUGCAGGUGUCGCCGCUGCGAUGUCAGAGCGCAUGCACAACAUGGAUGCCAGCAUCUGUCACGUGGGGGUCAUAUUGUGCGGAGGGAACACUGACAUUGAACACUUACCAUGGUACACGUGAUGGCGUUGUUGUAAUGUAAACAAAUGGUGCUAACCUUGAACUGUCGUGUUAAAAAUUUGUCUUUACAAUAAAUGUAAUCAGUA